CUUUCUUCGUCGUCGUCGAACAUUCGAAUAAAUGUCAUUGUCGCCGUCCACUGAUUGCAAAAUUACAUAAGAUUAUUAUUAUCCAGUCGCCCGCUACUACUACUACAACGCAAUGCAAACUCAACAACCUCCUACUAACUCAACAUUUAAAUUCAUUGAGCGUCGUAAAAAUGAAUGGCGUUGCCUACUCUGUUGUCAUGUCAGAACGGGAACCAUUUUCCUUGGAUUAUGGCAUUUGAUGUUACAAUUGCUGGCAAUAAGUACACUUGGAGUGUUUUUGAGACACCCAGAAUUUUUAAAACCUGUUCAGAUAACAAGAACUUCAAUAGAUCAUAAUGAAUUACCUACUGCUUUAGCUGAACGUAACAUUCCAACUUUUAAUGUUAAUUAUGUUUCUACUGAUGGCUCUUCUGCAUUAUCAAACUAUGAUCAAGAUGAUAUGAUAGAACCUACAAUUGGAGGUACAAAAGGUGAAAAAUAUUCUUCAAUUGGAAUGUUUAUGGGUCGUCCAUUGCAAUUGGAUGAUGUAAAUUAUGCAGUGUUUGUAAUAUUCUUUACAUUAAUUAUUACUGUUUCCAUGAUUUAUGGUGCCAUCAAAGGAAAACCUAAGAUGUUAAUUCCAUUUUUUUGUAUGCAAUUGUUUGAUUUAUUUGUGACUAUAUUGUCAGCUUUUGGAUAUCUAUGUUAUUUACCAGACUUCCAUCGUCUCAUGAUCCGUACCGAAUCUGAAUAUAUGUCUAGUGGUAUUACUUCAAUAAAUCCACGAUUUAUAUCAUGUAUAGUCAUCUUUUCUUUGUUCAUUUCAAUAGUAUCUAAGGGAUAUUUUGUUGGUGUAGUUUGGAGUUGUUACAAGUAUCUGACAUUAAAGCGAAGUUCAGCUCAACCAACUAUACAUUAUAUAGAAUCAAACUUUGUUGUUCAGAAUCUUCUACGCCCGGAUUAUGAUUUUAACAUGAAAAAGUUUCCUCCUCCACCACCUUCUUACGCUGUUGCUGUUGGAGAAGAUAAUGUUACCCAUCCUGAUGUACCCCCACCUUCAUACAAUACUACAAAUGACAUUAGAGCAUAAUUCAAGAAGAUAAUAUUAUUUCUAGUUUUAAAAUAUGUUUUUAAUAUACCUAACAUUUGAGUAUAAAAAAAAUACAUAUAUAUAUUUAUAUAUUACUUAUCAGUAUAAAAUAUUAUAAACUAGUCCCCUUGGAAAGACUGGAAGAAUUUUGUUCUGGAAACCAAUAGGUAACAACGCUAAAUCAAACGUUUAAGUCAUCUUACUCUUAUAUACAAAUACAAUCUAUUAUUACUUUUAUUCCUGUUAUAUAAAUUUAUUUGAAAUUUUAUGUAAUUUUUUUUAUAUUAUGGUGCAAGUGUUAGUUAAUCUUCUUAAGUGUAUUUGUCUUAUUAUUUUUUUAAUGAUCACCAUUUUAAUAUAAUUGAUUUAAUAAUAUCUCUUAUUCGUAAAUAGCACAAUACAACUUGUAUUUGUUAAAUUAUUAUAUUAUUAAUUGAAAUAA